GUUUAUAACUAUAUUGAAAUCUGAAUUGUUUGUACAAUUUGCAUUUAAAAAUAACUUAUUCGAACGCAAACUUGUUAAAUUAAAAUUACGUAUCGGGCUAUAAAAUCAGAUCUGAUCUGAUUAGAUCUGAACUUCUGUCUGUACGUGAAACAUGUGCUUAGAACAGUGCUAAAAUUUUUUAUUAUGAACGACGACAUAAAUAUAUGACAAUACCAAACAUUGUAUUAAAUGUUAAUUAUUAUCCAUUAUGAGUAUAACGAGAAACAUAAGUUUAUUUUUCAACAAAAUACCCGCGAUCAAAGAGCAAUUGUUUUCUCCUAAAUAUUUAUUGUACACGAAUGUAACGAUAUCUAUCUCUCUCUCUGCAGCGGGAGACGUGUUAGAGCAACAUUAUGAAAUAUUGAAGGGUGAGUGGAAUAAAUGGAGUUUUUAUAGAACGAGGAAUAUGGCAGUGUCUGGCAUGUCUAUCGGUAUAGUAUGUCACUAUUGGUAUAAAUAUUUAGACGCUAAAUUACCGGGUCGCGGGAUCAAUAUUGUUCUAAAGAAGGUUGUCAUAGACCAGCUAGUCUGCUCUCCACUUUGUAUAACAAUGUUUUUUUUAACAUUAGGCAUAUUAGAGAAUAAUAGUUGGUCUGAAUUGAAAGAGGAGGUUCUUAAGAAAGCUCAUAGAUUGUACAUAGCAGAAUGGGUAAUUUGGCCGCCGGCACAACUCUUUAAUUUCUAUUUUCUGCCAACGAGAUAUAGGGUGUUAUAUGAUAACACUAUAUCUCUUGGCUACGAUGUGUAUACUAGUCAAGUGAAACAUGAUAAUGUAACGGCUAACGCGAGAAGUAUGAAACUUUGACGAACUUGUAAAUAGAUCAAAUAAAUAUGUAAAUAGUAACAGAA